CUAAAAUUCUCGCGAGAUCGCUUCUCGGGCUUCCCAGAAGGCUCUGCGAUACUGGCGUCACCGGCGCCCUUCAGCGCUGAGCAAACAUGGCGUCUGCCACUCGUAUUAUCCAGAAGCUGCGGAAUUGGGCUUCCGGGCAAGACCUUCAGGCGAAGCUGCAGCUGCGCUACCAGGAGAUCGCCAAGCGGACACAGCCUCCUCCCAAGCUCCCCGUGGGCCCCAGCCACAAGCUGUCCAGCAAUUACUACUGCACUCGAGACGGCCGCCGGGAAGCCGUGCCCCCCUUAGUCGUUAUGUCCUCACAGAAGGCGCUGGCAGCAGGCAAGAUGGCAGACAGUUCAGCCGUGGCGGCCACUGAGAAGAAGGCCGUGACUCCUGCGCCUCCUUUGAAGAAGUGGGAGCUGUCCCGGGACCAGCCUUACCUGUGACACCGUGUGCUGGUCACCUGACCACGUCACCACAGCCACCCAAUUGCUUUUCCUCCUUGGCUUCCCUCUGGGGAGAAUGUGACCUAAUUGAUGACAAAUACACAGAACUCCACCACUUCCA